GGUCUCCGGGUGGAGCCGAGUACACGCCCCGCCCCGGGGCUGCUUGGACUCUUCGGCGGAGUGGAGCGGGCUGUGGGUGGAUUCCCUCUUCCCAGCCCUGCCUCCUCGCCCUGGGGAUGCCGCACUUGUGAGUGGCAGAAAUUCGUUUGACUAUCCGCACCCCCAAGCUGCCUGGGUGAAGAGCUACAGUAGUUUUUUUUUCUGCUUGGGAGAGUAGCCAUCUCUGGGAUUUGUUUUAGGUCCUAUCUUCUUUGCAGAUCACUAGGUUGCGGCUUCACCGAUUGGAAUACAUCUCGUCACCAAAGGACAUGGAUGAAAAUGAAAGCAACCAGUCCCUGAUGACAAGUAGUCAGUAUCCUAAAGAAGCAGUAAGAAAACGCCAAAAUUCACGGAAUUCUGGAGGAAGUGAUUCUUCUAGGUUUUCCAGGAAAAGUUUUAAACUGGAUUACAGACUAGAAGAAGAUGUAACUAAGUCAAAGAAAGGAAAGGAUGGGAGGUUUGUUAAUCCUUGGCCAACGUGGAAAACCCCCUCUAUUCCAAAUGCUCUCAGAUGGCUGAUAAUGGAAAAAAAUCACAGCAGUGUUCCGACCUCCAAAGAGGAACUUGAUAAAGAACUCCCGGUGCUUAAGCCAUAUUUUAUCAACAACCCUGAAGAAGUUGGAGUGAGGGAAGCAGGCCUGAGAGUCACAUGGCUAGGACAUGCGACCGUGAUGGUGGAAAUGGACGAGCUCAUCUUCCUCACGGAUCCCAUCUUCAGCGCUCGGGCCUCCCCGUCGCAGCACCUGGGCCCCAAGCGGUUUCGCCGUCCCCCGUGCACCAUCGGCGAGCUGCCCCCCAUAGAUGCGGUCCUGAUCAGUCACAACCACUAUGACCACCUGGACUACAAUUCUGUCAUUGCUCUGAAUGAGCGAUUCGGGAAUGAGUUGAGAUGGUUUGUGCCUUUGGGUCUCCUAGACUGGAUGCAGAAAUGUGGCUGCGAGAACGUGAUCGAGCUGGACUGGUGGGAGGAGAACUGUGUCCCUGGACACGACAAGGUCACCUUUGUGUUUACGCCUUCCCAGCACUGGUGCAAAAGGACUCCCGUGGAUGACAACAAGGUUCUCUGGGGCAGCUGGUCUGUCUUGGGGCCCUGGAGCAGGUUUUUUUUCGCCGGAGACACUGGUUAUUGCUCUGCUUUUGAAGAAAUAGGAAAAAGAUUUGGGCCUUUUGACCUUGCAGCUCUUCCCAUUGGAGCGUAUGAACCAAGGUGGUUUAUGAAAUACCAGCAUGUAGAUCCAGAAGAGGCUGUAAGGAUUCAUAUUGAUCUUCAAACAAAGAAAUCUCUGGCAAUUCACUGGGGAACUUUUGCCUUAGCAAAUGAGCAUUACUUAGAACCUCCAGUGAAGCUGAGUGAGGCUCUAGAAAGAUACGGACUUAAGACUGAAGAUUUUUUUGUCUUGAAGCAUGGAGAAUCAAGGUACCUUAAUACUGAUGAUGAAAACUCUUCUGAAUAAACAUGAGUGCAGGAGCUUUCAAUGAAAAAGGCACCAUCUGAUAAAAAUCUGAAAAGACUAAAAUUCAUGAACAUUACGAUCUUUUACAUUUGGAAACCACUUCUGCAAGAUUGUGUCUUGUCUUACAGUUUGCUUACUCACAUGAUGGCCAAUCAUAUAAACAGAGUGCAGAGGUGGGUCAUUUAAAUAAUGAAUUGGGUAAUGUGGAUUUUAAAUCACAUCUUGAUGACCUAAGCAUUGCUAUGGAAGUUUUUUUACUAAAGCAUUCUACUUUAGUGGUAGGAGUUUGAAGUUAUGGAAAACUGAUUUUAAAGACUCAUUUCUGUUUUUCUAUUCUUCGGGGCCUUCUGCGAGUUGAGGCAAGGCUGUCUGCCUGUCUAGAUUUUCAGAAGCCUGCACGUAGAAACAGUUCUUAUACUCAUAUGAGAGUAAAUGAUGACAUUCCCACAUGCUUAGAGCAAUGAUUGCUCUGUCGAGAUUAGUUUAUAUGCCAAAUAUUAAGUGAUUUAUUUUUUUAAACAUAAAAACCUAGGAGUUUAGGCUAAAUUAUCAUUUGUAAAGACUUAACUUUUUAAAAGAGAGGAACAGUAUAUUCUAUGGCAUGUCUACAAUCCCCAAAUCAAAAGCCCUCUGAGCUGGGCAGAGGGAGGAGAAAUAUGGUUAUGAGAAUAUGAUUUGAGGAAUUGGAGAUUAAAC